AUGGCGUCACCCCUCGUUGUCGCCGUCAACCUGUCGAGCCCCGAUCAAGAUGGCCUGGCCAUGAAUGAGAUUGCCCGUGUUGGCAGCGCUUUCGUCAAAGCAUCAUCCAAUCUCUCCCAGACAACCGAAUUCAUCAGCAAAUACUCGCGCCUUCUUGAUGUCUUUGUCGACGUCAGCGAUGUUGGCCCAGACGAGACCGCAGAUAUUCUCAACUCCGGAGCCGCCAAGGUCUUUCUCUCUUCAAAACAGUUUGCCGUGCUCUCUGUCGAACACGAGAUCCCAGCUGCCCGGUUAGCGGUUCAAGUGGCUUCAGCGGAAGAUGUACAAGCAGUUAAGAAUUGGAUCGCCAAUGCCCCAGACGGCAAGGAUAUCAGCGUGUCGACGAACGGUGCUGCCAUUGAGCUUUUCGAGACCUUUGCCUUGGCCCGCGACGGAAGCCAGGUAUACAAAACGUUUGGAGGAGACGCUACCGAAUCGGUAGUUAUUGAAAAUGUAUCGCAAGGCGUCGUUGCCAUUGUGCCGUCCUCACGGCUCGCUCUGGCACCACAAUCGAAUGAUACAGUGUCGGCUGCCAAUGUCCUCGCCAGCAAGGCGGUGGCAGAUGCAAACACGGGGUUAUAUGCCACGUUGGUCACUGAUGAAAGGGGCGUUGCGCUGGGCUUCGUGUGGAGCAGCAAGGAAAGUCUCGUGGAGGCCUUGAAGACGGGUACCGGUGUAUAUCAAUCACGAAAGCGCGGUCUUUGGUACAAGGGCCAGACCAGCGGCGACACUCAAGAGCUGCAAAGCGUGGGCUUCGACUGCGACGGAGACUGCAUGGUCUUCCGGGUCAAACAACAGGGAAAGGGUUUCUGUCAUUUGGGCACAAACACCUGCUUUGGUCGGUAUGGCGGUCUGUCUCGCUUGCAAAAGACCCUCCAGUCUCGCAAAGAAAACGCCCCCGCAGGCUCAUACACCGCGCGUCUCUUCAACGACCCCAAGCUUGUGGAAGCCAAGAUUAUGGAAGAGGCCGAGGAACUGUGCCAGGCCACGACAAAAGACGAAAUUGCAUCUGAAGCUGCCGAUCUGAUUUACUUCGCCCUGACCCGCUGCAUUGCCGCCGAUGUCAACCUUGAAGACGUCGAGCGAAACCUGGACAUGAAAGAUCUCAAGGUGAAACGGCGUAAGGGUGACGCAAAGGCUCGCUGGGCUGAGAAAGUCGGCUUGUCACAGGAGCCAGCAGCACCACCAAUGGCCGCACCACAGGAAACGGCUACAGCCACCCCUAAGUCUGAUCGCAUUGAGAUGAAACGCCUCAACACGACGACAACCUCGAUGACUACUAUCAAGGAGGCUCUCCAGCGUCCAUCUCAGAAAUCAAACGACGCCAUUGUGGAACUAAUCAAACCGAUCGUCAACGACGUCCGCACGAAUGGAGAUGCCGGUGUUUUGAAAUACACUCACAAAUUCGAAAAGGCGACCUCGCUAACAUCACCGGUCAUCAAAGCACCAUUCCCUGAGAAUUUGAUGCAACUGUCCGCCGACACCAUCAAAGCUAUCGACGUGAGUUAUGAGAAUAUCCGCAAGUUCCAUGCUGCACAGCAGGACGAGAAGCCAUUGGUCGUUGAAACCAUGCCUGGUGUGGUCUGCUCGCGGUUCUCCCGUCCUAUUGAGCGUGUCGGUCUUUAUAUCCCUGGUGGAACUGCUGUUCUGCCGUCGUCCGCCCUCAUGCUUGGUGUGCCUGCAAUGGUUGCCGGUUGCAAAAAGAUCGUCUUAGCCUCACCACCACGUUCAGAUGGAAGCAUAUCUCCUGAGAUUGUCUACGCCGCGCACAAGUGUGGUGCUGAGAGCAUUGUUUUGGCCGGCGGCGCCCAGGCCAUUGCAGCCAUGGCGUAUGGCACGGAGAGCGUCACCAAAGUUGACAAGAUUCUCGGACCCGGAAACCAGUUUGUCACCGCGGCCAAGAUGAUGGUCUCCAACGACACGUCUGCAGGUGUCAGUAUCGACAUGCCUGCUGGUCCUAGCGAGGUUCUUGUCAUCGCAGACAAGUAUGCCAACCCGGCGUUUGUUGCCUCGGACCUACUGAGUCAAGCCGAGCACGGCGUCGAUUCGCAGGUCAUUCUUAUCGCUGUUGAUCUGGAUGAUAAAGAACUGGCAGCAAUUGAGGAACAGCUGCACCAGCAGGCCAACGCCCUUCCUCGAGUGGACAUUGUGCGUGGCUCAAUCGACCAUUCAGUUACAUUUGUGGUGAAGACCCUCGAAGAAGCGAUGAACCUCAGCAACGAAUAUGCACCAGAGCAUUUGAUUCUACAGAUUCAGGACGCAGAGAGCGUAGUACCCUUGGUACAAAACGCCGGCAGCGUCUUCAUCGGCCAGUGGACUCCGGAGAGUGUGGGCGACUACUCUGCAGGCGUCAAUCAUUCUUUGCCGACGUACGGAUACGCAAAACAGUACUCUGGAGUCAAUCUCGGUUCUUUCAUAAAGCACAUCACCUCGUCGAACCUGACUGCCGAGGGUCUUCGCAAUGUAUCAAGCGCGGUGAUGCAGCUGGCCGCUGUCGAGGGCCUCGAUGCUCACAAGCGCGCGGUGAGCAUCCGCAUGGAUGCUAUGAGCAAGGAUGCAUGA